ACAUCCACCACUGGCCCAACUUCAAGCUCCAGUGUUCAAACUACAACUACUGCUUCAUCAACAACCACCACUGCUGCCCCAAAAACCACCACUGGCCCAACAUCAACAACCAGUGUUCCAACUACAACUACAGCUUCAUCAACAACCACCACUGCUGGCUCAACAACCACCAUUGGGCCAACUUCAACAAGCAGUGUUCCAACUACAACUACUGCUUCAUCAACAACCACCACUGCUGCCCCAACAACCACCACUGGCCCAACUACAACAACUUUUAUCCCAUCAACAACUGGAGCCCAAUCAACAACAACUUCUGCUCCAUCAACUGCCAGCUCUUCAACCGCGAGCACCACUCAAACUACAACUGCUGCAGCAACCACGACUGCUGUAUUGAAAACAACUGAUGACUUGACAACAACCACCAUUGGCCCAACUUCAACAACCAGUGUUCAAACUACAACUACUGCUUCAUCAACAACCACCACUGCUCCCCCAACAACCACCACUGGCCCAACUGUACCAACAACCAGCAACCCGAGUACAACAACUCCUGUUAAAACUACAACACCAACUAUCCCUACAACAACUGCUACCCCAACAACCACCACUGGCCCAACUACAACAACUUUUAUCCCAUCAACAACUGGAGCCCAAUCAACAACAACUUCUGCUCCAUCAACUGCCAGCUCUUCAACCGCGAGCACCACUCAAACUACAACUGCUGCAGCAACCACGACUGCUGUAUUGAAAACAACUGCUGACUUGACAACAACCACCAUUGGCCCAACUUCAACAACCAGUGUUCAAACUACAACUACUGCUUCAUCAACAACCACCACUGCUCCCCCAACAACCACCACUGGCCCAACUUCAACAACCAUUGUUCCAACUACAGCUACUGCUUCAUCAACAACCACCACUGCUGCCCCAACAACCACCAUUGGGCCAACUUCAACAGGCAGUGUUCCGACUACAAGUACUGCUUCAUCAACAACCACCACUGCUGCCCCAACAACCACCACUGGCCCAACUUCAACAACCACUGUUCCAACUACAGCUACUGCUUCAUCAACAACCACCACUGCUGCCCCAACAACCACCACUGACCAGAGUUCCACAACCAGAAUUCCAACUACAACUACUGCUUCAUCAACAACCACCACUGCUGCCCCAACAACCACUGCUGCCCCAACAACCACCACUGGCCCAACUUCAACCACCACUGUUCCAACUACAGCUACUGCUUCAGCAACAACCACCACUGCUGCUCCGACAACCACCAUUGGGCCAACUUCAACAAGCAGUGUUCCAACUACAGCUACUGCUUCAUCAACAACCACCACUGCUGCCCCAACAACCACCACUGACCCAAGUUCCACAACCAGAGUUCCAACUACAACUACUGCUUCAUCAACAACCACCACUGCUGCCCCAACAACAACCACUGGCCCAACUUCAACAACCACUGUUCAAUCUACAGCUACUGCUUCAUCAACAACCACCACUGCUGCCCCAAAAACCACCACUGUCCUAACUUCAACAACCACCACUCCAACCACAACUACUGCUUCAGCAACCACCGCCACUGCUGCCCCAACAACCACCACUGGCCCAACGUCAACAAUUUCCACUCCUUCAACACUAACCACUGCUCAAACUUCAGCUGCUGAUGCAACCACGACUGCUGUACCAGCAACCAGCAACCCGAGUACAACAACUCCUGUCCAAAUUACAAGACCAAGUAUCCCUACAACAACUGCUACCCCAACAACCACCACUGGCGCAACUACAACAACUUUUAUCCCAUCAACAACUGGAGCCCAAUCAACAACAACUUCUGCUCCAUCAACAACUGCCAGCUCUUCAACCGCGAGCACCACUCAAACUACAACUGCUGCAGCAACCACGACUGCUGUAUUGAAAACAACUGAUGACUUGACAACAACCACCAUUGGCCCAACUUCAACAACCAGUGUUCAAACUACAACUACUGCUUCAUCAACAACCACCACUGCUCCCCCAACAACCACCACUGGCCCAACUUCAACAACCAUUGUUCCAACCACAACUACUGCUUCAUCAACAACCACCACUGCUGCCCCAACGACCAACACUGGCCUAACUUCAACAACCACUACCACCAUUGGCCCAACUUCAACAACCAGUGUUCAAACUACAACUACUGCUUCAUCAACAACCACCACUGCUCCCCCAACAACCACCACUGGCCCAACUUCAACAACCAUUGUUCCAACUACACCUACUGCUUCAUCAACAACCACCACUGCUGCCCCAACAACCACCAUUGGGCCAACUUCAACAGGCAGUGUUCCGACUACAAGUACUGCUUCAUCAACAACCACCACUGCUGCCCCAACAACCACCACUGGCCCAACUUCAACAACCACUGUUCCAACUACAGCUACUGCUUCAUCAACAACCACCACUGCUGCCCCAACAACCACCACUGACCAGAGUUCCACAACCAGAAUUCCAACUACAACUACUGCUUCAUCAACAAUCACCACUGCUGCCCCAGGAACCACCAUUGGCCCAACUUCAACAAGCAGUGUUCCAACUACAACUACUGCUUCAUCAACAACCACCACUGCUGCCCCAACAACCACCACUGGCACAACUUCAACAACCACUGUUAAAACUAAAGCUACUGCUUCAUCAACAACCACCACUGCUUCCCCAACAACCACCACUGGCCCAACUUCAACAACCAUGGUUCCAACUACAGCUACUGCUUCAUCAACAACC